UCCUGAUGAGCCAAGAGACAAAUGUUAAGAGUCUCCCUGCUAAGGAAAGUGAGUGCAGAGGGGAAGCCAUAAGGAAUCUUUGGCCAGGCUCCCAGCUGUCUCUCUGUGUUGAGCCAUGGGAUUACCGGGGCAUUCUGGCCCAGGCAUGCAGGCUGCUCCUUCCCAUUGGCUGGAAAAGCUUCUUAAAAAUGGAGAGGUGGUUUCUGCUAGAUCAGCACCUCUGAUGCUUUGCCGACUUUAAAACAUAAGCAGCUGCUGACCCACAUCCACAGUGUAAACACCUUGGGGCUCAAGCUGCAAGCUGCGCUGCACCCAGGGACUCCCAGCGGACAGGACUUGGCGGGAGUGGGGGGGUCUCUGCAGCAGUUGGAGAUCACUGCAUGACCCCACCAGCAGCAGGUGGUUCAGGAGAGGACAGGAAGCAGUGCAGGAUUUUCUGCAAUCCAGAUUGAAGGGGGGACUUUGCUGUCCAGGAAAACAAAGCAGGCAUCUGCCAUGGAGCUAACCCCGAAAGACACCAUCUAAGCUAACGUGCUCCUCCUGGAGCCAAGAAGCACCACGCAGAUCGGCCCCCCGGAACUCGGAGGGUGAACAGGCAGCCGCCGUCCUGCGAGCUCUUGGAGAUCCGUGUCUACUACACGCUCUCCCCCGCUUGGCAUUGGGUCCCCUCCCCCAAAUUAGAAAAUGGGGAGGUCUGACCCAGAGGAGGGCCAGCUGCCAGCUUCGGUGAAGCCCCCAGAUGGUGGCUGGGGCUGGAUAGUGCUGCUGGGCUGCUUUGUGAUCACCGGCUUCUCCUACGCCUUCCCUAAGGCAGUGAGCGUCUACUUCAAGGAGCUGAUGCAUGACUUCCAUGUGGGCUACAGCGACACAGCUUGGAUCUCGUCCAUCAUGCUGGCCAUGCUGUAUGGCACAGGGCCUGUGAGCAGCAUCAUGGUGAACCAGUUUGGGUGCCGGCCUGUGAUGCUUGUCGGUGGGCUCCUGGCAUCUUCUGGUAUGAUCCUAGCCUCCUUCACGACCAACAUUAUUGAACUGUACCUGACGGCUGGCAUGCUGACAGGUCUAGGUAUGGCUCUGAAUUUCCAGCCCUCCCUGAUCAUGCUUGGCACCUACUUUGACAAACGUAGACCUCUGGCCAAUGGGCUUGCUGCAGCUGGGAGCCCUGUCUUCCUCUCUGCCCUCUCUCCGUUGGGGCAGGUCUUGCUCGAGAAGUUUGGCUGGCGAGGGGGAUUCCUUAUCAUGGGGGGUUUGCUGCUCAAUUGCUGCACCUGUGGAGCAGUCAUGAGACCCCUCGAGGCAGGGAUGAAGCGGAAGAUGGAGAGAGUUCAGGACAAAUAUGAAGCCAAGGAGAUGCUGCCCAUUGGGGAAAGGGCAGAGGAGGCCAUAAGCACCAUUGAUGGAGUCAAAAAGUCAAAGAAAACCAAGAAGAAGCAGCAGCCCAGGAAAGGAAAGAAGCUAUUGGAUUUUUCUAUCUUCUCCAACCGGGGGUUUGUCAUUUACUCCAUUGCUAAGUUCAUCAUGGUCUUGGGUCUCUUUGUGCCCCCCAUAUUGCUGGUCAACUAUGCCAAAGACAUAGGAGUGCCAGACACAGAAGCUGCCUUCCUGCUGUCCAUCAUUGGCUUCAUAGACAUCUUUGCCCGCCCUUCCUGUGGGAUGCUGGCCGGGCUGAAGUGGAUACGUCCCCAUGUCGCCUACUUAUUCAGCUUUGCUAUGCUCUUCAAUGGCCUGACAGACAUCUGCAGUGCCAGGGCUAACACGUACACGGAGCUGGUCAUCUUCUGUGUCUUCUUUGGCAUCUCCUACGGCAUGGUGGGUGCAUUGCAGUUUGAGGUGCUCAUGGCCAUUGUUGGAUCCCAGAAGUUCUCCAGUGCCAUUGGGCUGGUCCUGCUCAUUGAAGCCUUUGCUGUGCUCAUCGGGCCACCCUCAGCAGGACACUUGGUGGAUGCAUUCAAGAACUACGCAAUCAUCUUCUACUUGGCUGGCUCAGAGGUUGUACUCUCCUCCCUCUUCCUGGGCAUGGCCACCUACUGCUGCCUGAAUCAGGGGAAGAAGACACCCCAGCCAGAGAAGACCCCUUCGGUAGGGGGUGGCAGUGAUACUGAAGAGGCAGAGUCAGAUGUGGAGGACCAUGCUGGUGACAACCACCAUCUGUCCCACAGCACCAACACUGCUGUCGUCAUGGACAGCGAGGCGGUGAACCAUGUAGCAGAGGACCAUAGUGCAGAUGGGGUUGAGCAGCCUGCAGCUGAGGGGGCAGUACCAGUCCCAGGUGAAUGCAACUCUGGCCCGACAGUGGAGAGAGAGAGUUUUUAGCAAGUGAAAAGCCAGGACUAAGAGACAAUGCUAAAGUGUAUGACUGGCCUGGUUUGGAGACAAGUAAAUGGGGGACGGAAUAUAGGUUGGAGGGGGAGAUUGUGCUGGGGAAGAAGCUGUGGCGGGGUGGGGGAGCUGCAAGGAACAAGAGACAGAAUUUUUAUAUAUAUAAUGUCUGUGUAACGGUAUACUGCAAAUACACUGAUGUAUUCAACACAGGCCCAGAGACCCUGAAAACCAGCCUCCCCUACAAACUGUCUAUGGGAAAUAUUUUUAAACAGCAGCAGAGGUAGCCAGAGAACUUUACUCUUCCCUCUGCACUACCACCCUAAGCAUUAGGGGCUCUUUAUGACCCUUCCCCAUAGGCUGAAUCUGCAAGGCGAGAAUAGAUGACAUGUGAGGGAACAACACGGAGCAGGAAGAGUUUCUCUUCGGGGACAGGUAAAAACACACCAGGUCCUGAGGGAUGAUCUAUGUGGCAGCAAUCGUUACAAGAGGGUUGGGGGAGUGUGUUUUUUAACUAAAAGAAAACUCCUUAUAUAAAGGAAUCAAUGUUCAGGCAGAAGAACAAGCAGCAACCAGAGGAUGCAAUGAAUGAGGGUGUUUGAGCAAAUAGUAAAUCAGGAUUAAGAGAUGGAUUUCUGGAUUCUAAGAGAACAACCUUCCCUUCCAUGCUUAAACCACACUUAAUCCGCUUUAGAACUGGGUCUACUAUGACACUCCUAGCCAAAGCCCUUCCUUCCAGUUUCCUGAAUUACUUCACCUCAAACACCCCAUGGCAGCACCUCAAGGGACCUAUUACAACACCAAGGGAUCAGAAGCCAGAGAGCUGUAGGGCAGGGAUCUCAAGGGCUGCAGAACAGGCACUUCGCUUCAGGUCACUGGCUCAAAUAUGAACUAGGGGGUAGAGACAUUACCAGCCGAUAGCCCAGCUAAACCAAAUUUGGUGGGGAGAGAGAGAGAAGGUCACACUCCAGCUGCUGCUACACAAGCAGUAUUGAUUUGCUGCGAUAAGGAGCUUUCAAAGAGAGACAAGACCUGAAUGAGCCAGGGGGCUUGCAACCACGAUUGGGCCCCUCCAUCCAGGACUCAACUGAGACAGACUCGGGGACAACGACGACCCAAAGAGCACUGUAGCUACCCCCUCUGUCUGUGUAGGAGACUCAGCUUGUAACCAGCACUGUAUUCACAUUAAAAUGUAUCUAAAAAACUCCCAAACAAA